AUGGACAUUGAUCUGACGACCACCCCGGGAAUAGAACCACCGGCCGGGCAUAUCCCCCAGUUCGAGGGCCCAUACAACUACUUGCAAAUAGGGACGAUUAUCGCCUUUGCAGUCACGUAUUUCUUCGCGACACUCUUUAUCAGCCUGAGAUAUUUCCAGGCAUUCAAGCUGACGCAGAAAGUUGAGCUCGAUCUAGUGACCAUUACGGUCUCGUAUGGAAUCGGCCUCGCUUACUUUGUUACCAUGCUCGACCUGUUCAGGAACGGUUGGGGCAAGCACAUGUGGGACGUUAGUCUCGCGCAGCUGAUUGAGUUGAAUAAGGCCCUCCUCCCCAACACAAUAUGCUACUUGAUCUGCCCCGCCAUCAGCAAGCUCGCCAUCCUCUCUGUACUCUAUCGCAUCAACCCGGCCUUCGUCUACCGCGUUGCUGUCGUCGGCACUGCCGUCUUCAUUUUCACAUACACCCUGGCUCUAUGUAUCAUCACGGGCGGUCCCUGUUCCCCUCUCAAGGACGGGACGCUGCAAUGUCUCGAAAACGUCGCGCUCUCGGGUGCGGUGCUUAACAUCUCCUCUGACCUGAUCGUGAUCUCGCUGCCUAUCCCAACAAUCCAUAAUCUGCAACUGCAGCUGAAGCAGAAAGUCACCGUGGGCUGCUUGCUUGCGCUGGGGUCAGGUGUGAUCGUCUGCUCCAUCGCCCGCCUGCCCUACGUCAUCCGCCUCAGGCACACGCCCGACUCAACCUGGACGCAAGCCAUCCUGGGCGUCUGGUCGAUCGUCGAAGUAAACCUCGGCAUUAUUUGCGCCUGCGCGAUGCGCUUCAAGCGCCUGAUCGCCACGUAUCUCCCUCGGCUGUCGCUGUGGUCGUUCCGUUCGCGCUCUCGCACGCGUUCGCGGAGUGCAGGGCUGCAAAAAACGCCGCUCGACUCGGCCGAUAAGUUCAGACCGGACGGGAGUAUGGGAAAGCAUGAGUAUCGGCUUCAUUCUCUGCAGCAGAGCACUGGCAGUGGUAAGCGGAGCGGCGACGGCGAAGAAGGCAGCAACCUUAAGGACAUCUCAGUGGAGCGGUCGUUUGAAGUUAGCGUAGUGAGAACGGGGAGUAUGGAGCGGAUUCUGAGUUGA